CUUAAAUAAAAUAAAAUGAAACCAUCUUCAUCUAAAACAGCUCACAAAUCGACUAUAGAGUUCACACGUAGUAAAAAUUGGUCUCAAACUAUUCUUGACGAGCUUUGUGAUAUCAUUCAUGUAUUAUCCUCCAAAUUCGAUAUUCUCUAUUGUUCCUCAGCUUCUCGUAUGUGCCUUGGUUAUCAACCUUCAGAGCUUAUUGGACACACCUAUACAGAGUAUUUGCAUCUCGAUGACAUUGAUUCUUUUAAACGUGAUUUCUUUAAUCAACAACAAAAGAGAGUAUUGCGAACGAUAUACCGUUUCAAAAGAAAAGAUGGACAGUAUGUUUUAAUGGAAAUGCGUGGUCAAUACUGUACAUUAAAAGCCGGUCGAGAAAGUUAUUAUUUUGUAUCUGCUCGUCUUAUUCCUACCAAAGCAACCAAGAUGAUAAAUACUUUUUUAAAUUAUAAAACUCAAAACGAGAUAUUAAGACGUAAGAUACUUGCAGUAACGAAAAAAGAAAAGGAGGAAAAUCAUCAUGAUAAUGAACAAAAGGAAGAAGAAGGGGCUCUAAUCCAGAGUAGCACAUCUUCUAGAGAAGAAAAUGAACAAUUACAGGAACCUAUCACAUUACAACCUUCUAUAAAACAGAAUGUUUAUGCUCAAGGUAUAUUAAGUAGAUAUGGUGUCAAUGAGUCUAUUGCGCUCUUUACUGGACUCCAUUUUGAUUCUGGUGAACGAUCCAGAGGUAUCUCUAUGGGACUUGAAGAGGCCGAAUUGUUCGAUACUACCAUUCAUAAUAAAACUGAUACAAAUCAUAAUGAUGAAAACAAAAAGGCUGAUAUAUUAUUAAAAUCUUCUGGAAAAAAAAGAUCUAUUGAGAAAAUUAUUUAAUAUGAAAUGAACAGUAGCUCUUAAUAAUGAAGGAAAGAAUUAAAGAGAAUUAGAAUAUUCAUCUAUGCUCGUUUUAUAUACAAUUCACGUGACAUUUGCUAUGGCUCAUAUACAUAUAAAUAUUUAGUAAAUACACUUUUAAAAUGAUGAUGUUUUCUGAAUAACAAAGAUUAUAAAU